CUGUUUACAGCAGCGAAGGGUCGGUUGGCGCGAGCGCGUCCCCGAUGGACUCCCAGCGUGUGACCUCCCCGAUCACCGGGCGGAUAGCGGGAGAGGGGGGCACCAACCGGAACGCACGAGGAGAGCCCCGCCGAUUCUACAAGCAAAUGUUUUCCAGCGAAUCGCUCGAGCUGCUGCUCACGGAAGGGGGUCUACCGAGGGAGGAAUGAGAUGUGCGAGUGAGAAGUUGACACGAUUUUGGUGGGAAUUUGCAUCAGAGAGGAGGCAGGAUCAUUUGUGACUAUCCUCCGGUCUGGAAAGUUCCCUUCGUGUGGCGGUUCAUUAUGGCUUCAGGCGCCGGUAAGGCUGCACAGCCCCCCGGGCCGGGCUCCGCCGUUAACGGGACUGCGGCAGACUUCCCGAACAUCGAGCAGGAGCUGUACGACUAUCAGAUGCACAGCAAGAUGUGCAAGAAGAUCGCUCAGCUCACCAAGGUGAUUUAUUCCCUGAACAUGAAGAAUGAGGAGCAGGAGGCGGCCCUGCAGUCCUUGAGCCACGCCCACCAUGAAGAGCUGCACCGCAUCCUGAUGGAGACAUGCCACGAAGGGGAGGGGUCAGCAUUGAGGACACGCCUCCUUGAGCUGCAGGAGUCUCUGGAUGAGCAGCAGAGAGUUGGUGCCCAGGUGCAGGCAGACUUUGAAUGUUUCCGUAUGCAUGCGGAGGAGAGGGAGCGUGAAACAGAGGCAGAACUGAGAAAGGAGUUUGAAGAGAGACUGCAAACCACAGAGGAAGAGCUCCAGGAGGUCAAGGCCCAAAUGAGCGACGCCCAGGAGGAGAGCCUACACCUGAGCGAAGAGCUAGAGAAGGCCGAGAAUCAGAUCCAGGAGCUGAAGGCAAAAUGUGAGGAUCUCCAGAAAGCAGCUGAGGUGGAGAGACAGUGUAAGGAUGAGGAGAAACAGAAAGAGGACAAGGAGAGGCAAACAGAGGAGCGGGAGGACUUGAGAAGAGUCAAAGCGCUCUUGGAGGAGGUGAGAGAACUGAAGGAGGAGAGGGAUCGAGCUGAGGCGGAGAGGAGGCGAGCGGAGAAGGAUGAACGAGAGCGAUGGGAGCAGAAGAUUAACGACCUGAACGAGGAGAAUGAGGAGAAAAGGAGGAAGAUGGAGGCAGAGUGGAGGGAGGAGCGGCAGAGGUGGGAGGACAGGGAGGAAGAGGAGAAGAAAGGGAUGCACAGCGCUCUGAGGGAGAGAGUAAAAAGGGCGGAGGCGGAGGUGGAAAAUCACCUGGAGAAGUUGGCUGAGAGCAAGAGAAACACGGUCAAACUACAAGAGCGAAUACAGGAUCUAGAGGAAGAGCUGGAGCUGGAUCGGAGGCGUGUUUCUGAGGCAGAGGGUGUGGCCAAGCGGGCAGAGGAGGAGCUAGCGGUGGCGAAGGAAAGGCUGCUGCUGCAGGAGGAUGAGCUGCAGAGCAGAGCAGAGGAGCUGCAGAACCGCGGGGGCUGCGAGGUAUGUGUGUGUGCUGAAGUGGAUGAGCUGAGGAGCCAGGUGAGCCGGUUGCAGAGCAAGAACAGAGAGCUGGAACUGCAGAGCAGCGGCAGGAACAGUGACCAUGCCCGGCAGAUCCGCCAGCAUGCUGAGGCUCUAUCCAGUCUGCGCUCAGAGAUGGUGAGAGCCCAAACAGAGGAGCUGCGUCGCAUUCAAAAACAUGCAGAUGAUGAGAGGGACAAGCUGCAGAAGGAGAUAGAUAAGGAGAGAGAGACCCUGCAGAGGGAGAGAGAACAGGAAAAGGAAGAGUAUGAGAAGAACAGAAACAGACUGCAGAGGGAGAGAGAGGAGGAGAAGGAGGCGCUGUACAAGGAGGUGGAAGAGUCAAAAGAACGUCUGAGGAGAGAGAAGGAGGAAGAAGUGGACCGCCUGAGGAAGGAGCUGGAGGUGGAGAGGGUUCGCGGUCGCUCACAGUUGGACAAAAGCAUUGAACAAGUGGAACAGGAGAGAGCAAACGUGCAGCUGAAGCUGGAGGAGGAGAAAAAAAGAUUGGUGGAGAAGGCUGAGGAGGACAGGAAGCGGUUGAAGGAGCAAGUGCGGAAGGCAAUAGAGGAGGUGAUGAGGAGGCACGCAGCUGAACUUCAAAGUGUCCAGGAAGCUCUGAGCUCAGAGAAGAAGACCAACCAAGAGGUGUGUGCACGAUUAGAAAUAGAAAGAAGGAGCAGCGAGGAGCACCGUGGCAUUCUGGAGAAGGAAAGAGAGGAGCUGAGGACAAAACUGAGAGAUGCCAAUAAUGAGAUCUGCAGGAUGGAAUCAGUCAUCCAAAUGCAAGAUAAGAAGGAGAAGAUGGCCCCUGAAGCUGCCCCCUCCUGUGGUCUGCAGUGCUCCCGUCUGGAAGAGGAACUCCACCAGACUCGGACCCGACUGGCUCGGCUACAGGAGGAGGCAGAGAAGCAGCGGGACAGACAGCAGAGGGACAUCGUGUCCCUUAGAGCCGACAAACACCGUCUGGAGGAGAAAAUCCUGGAGCAGAGCCGAUUGAACGCAGAGAGGAGUCUUCUAGAGCAGAGCCAGCGGCACAUGGAGGAUCGGAUCAGGGCAGAGUGUGAGGAUCGUCUCAGAGCCGAGUUCAGGAUCGAGAUGAACGCUGCGGUGGCUGAGAGCGAGCAGAGGUGGCAGAACAGAGAGCAGGAGAUGCAGACACAGAUUUCUGAGCUGCAAAAACAACUGAAUGAGGCGCAGGCGGAGAAAAAGAAGGCGGGCUCGGGAGACGAUUGCCAUGGCAACCCCGAAAUUGACAGGCUGAGGAAAGAGGUCCAAGACACCAAGGAGAUAAACAAGAAGCUAAGGGAGCUGCUGCAGGAGCCACAGAGUCAGUCGUCAGCGGAGGAGAGGCUCAGUCAUGCCAUGGCUCUGCAGGCGAUGGAAAAGCAGGCCAAAGAAGACGUGCUGUCUGAGAGAAACCGGCUACAGACGUUGCACCACCUGGAGCUGGAUAAGCAGCGUGCAGAGUUGACCCAGCAGCACACAGAGUGGAGCAGGCAGAUGACCCAGAGACACAUGCAGCAGAUAGAAGACCUGCAGGCUCAGCUACAGGCACACACACAAAUGAUGGCCCUGCAACAGGAUUUGAAGCAGCAGAACCAGUACCAGGUGUUUGAGCGACAGCUGGAUGAAAGUCGCUGUGCCAUGCUGGAGCUGCAGAGAGAAAACACAGCUCUAAAGAAGCAAUUAAAAGAAAAGUCUGUGCAGAUCAAUCCUCAGACUGAACAUAAAGAAGAAGAAAGUGUUGAACUGCACAAAAAGAGAGAUGCCCAGCUGGAGGAAGAAGCACAACGUCUGAAGGAGGAAGUGGAGAAACUGAGGGUGGAGAUGGAGAAACUGGAGGAGUCUCAGAAACACUGGGAGGAGAAGAAAGAGGAGGAUGGGAAAGAGGAGGAGAUGGACGAGGAGAAGAGAAAGGAGCGGGAGGAGGAGAAGGUGAGGGAGGAGGUAGAGGAAAUCAAGAGGGAGCACAAGAAGGAGAUGCAGAGUUUGGUGUGUGAAUACAGCAGCGCCCAAUCGCACCUGCAGGCUCGCAUCGUGGCCUUGGAGAACGAAUUUAACUGCAGGCUGCGUGAGCGGGAGGAACGCUGCAGGAGAAGGGAGCCCCGGUGUGAUGAUCUGCAGCUGGGGAGACUUCAGGAGAGACUGACAGAGAGGGACCAACUUAUCAAACGAUUAGUGGAAGAGAGGCAUCAGCUGCAGCUCCACCCUCCUGUUGCUGGGGACAACAGUACCCUCAGGCUUCGUGACAGCAAGUCCCGCCCCGGGAGCACCACGCCAACCAUGAGGCAGAGGAAUCGUGCUGAGUCUCCUCCUCGGGUCACCAGCGUCUCCAGUGCCAGUGCUUACGACAGGAGUCUCUUCCUCCCCCACUCUUCAUCAUCGUCCUCAUCCUCUGUCCACCAGCACUCCUCCUCCACCCUUCCUCACCAGUCGUCCUCUCACCCUCAGACCUCCCCCCGCUACUCAACGUCCUCUCUUCCACACAAGCACACCUCGCUCUCCCUCAGCCAACAGUCCUCCCCCUCCCUCCCUCGCUCCACCAGAACCCGGACCUCCUGCAUCCCUCCCACCCCUGCACCUACCGCCCCACUACCUGUCUGCCCCUCAUCGCAGACAGGAAUUCGCUAUGUGUCGCCCUCCUGCCAGUCCCAUUCAAUAAGGGGCCCGUACCUGGAGCAGAGGGGGACAGAGGGGCUAAAACAGGAGUGGUUCACCAAAUACUUCUCCUUUUGAGCACAAAACAAACUAAAACACACACACACAUAUACACAAAAACACACCGACUUCAAGUACAUUUAUUCAUAUACAGUUCAUUGCUUCUUAUACAUCCGUUUGCUUCCCACAUACACACAAACACACACAGACAUAAACACAUCGACAAACAUGGGCUCAUCACCAGCAAGGCCAUCUCAGACAUUGCCUCAAAGCUCAACCAAAAAGUGCUUCUCGAACACAUGCCUGACCUCGUCUCUGAACAAAGGUCUGCUGGAUCUUGUUUGUAUAGUUUGGAAUGUCUCCAUAUCUUUUUUUAAAUUAUUAUUUUAAUCUGUCUUCCUUUUUUAAAGACAAACAAAAUACAACCUCUGCUCCAGGCUCAUCAUAAGAUUAUUCCAGGCAAGUGUACAUUUCUUCCAGUGAACAAAGAGACUCUUUGAGUAUGGAAGCAUUCGACGUAUUCAACCAAGAUCCUCGUCAAAAUGGACACACACGAACCACCGUACCAAAAUGAAGCUUGUCUCAAUGCAAAAAUGUAUGAUAAUCUUAA